AUGCCCUGCUCUACACACCUGCCACAUAUUAUCAAGGUGCUGCGGGAGUAUUUGGCGGUCUUUCCAGACAAAUUGUCUAAGGGAUUGGCGCCAAAGCGCCCUCAUGACCAUGAUAUCUUACCUGUACCUGAAAAACUCCCGGAGAAGUAUGCAAUUUGCCUUAUGACACCAGAUCAGCUUAAAUUCCACAAUCAGGAGAUAGCUAAAUUGUCGGACAAUAGAUUGAUAGGAACAACGUAUUCGCCUAUCUGCUCUCCUACGAUUAUGGUCGACAAACACGAUGAUGGUUCGGGGGAGCCGAAGAUGCGUAUGGUUGUCAAUUACUCGGCUUUGAAUGCCCCUACGAUAGCCCCUGAGUUUCAACUACCUUCUCUUCAAACCAUUCUGGAGGUGCAGGGAGGCGCCAAGUAUUUUUCCAUUCUGGACCUUGAAGCAGGAUUCCAUCAGAUACGUAUGGCUAAGGAAGUUCGCUGGAGGACGGCCUUCCGUUCCGUCUUGGGAGUAUUCGAGUAUCGAGUUAUGCCUUGUGGCCUCAAGUGUUCCCCAGUCAUGUUUCAGGCCAACAUGCCAAUCAACAGCCUUUACUAG